CACAUGUCAUCAUUCAAAGUUACUUACCCCGGCAUUCGUGCAUUUGCAUUAACGUUUUUGUUUAUAUUUUUGUUUUCACUUGACAAUUAGGAUCGAAUGUGUUAAGAACUUUUGCCAGAUGAAAAACAGUGAGCACAUACGAUGAGUUUUUGGACUGACACGUUUAUAAUUUUCAUUUCCCAAGUUUGCUUUUUCGCCGGAGGAGUUAUAUUUUUCGUGAAGCAUCUUUUUAAAAACUAUGAAAUUCGCCAUGUAUCCGUACAACUUAUCUUUUCAACAACAUUUGCUCUAUCUCUCACGAUGUUUGAGCUUAUUAUAUUCGAAAUAAUGGGAGUAAUGGAGUCGAAAUCGCGAUAUUUCUACUGGCGACUGGAGUUGACCCUACUGUUGCUAAUGGUCAUUGUCGUCAUUCCUAUAUAUAUCGCCUAUUGGUGCGUCAGUUUUAUUACAUUUGUUCCAGAUAAAUGGGUGAAUGCUUUAACUACUUUCAUUUGGUUCUUAUAUCUAUAUGGUUUGUGGAGGAUCGGAGAACCAUUUCCACUUCUUAGUGUUGAACAUGGGAUCUUCACCAUCGAACAGGCUGUCUCCCGAAUUGGUGUUAUCGGUGUUACUGUUAUGGCUUUGCUUUCCGGAUUUGGUGCUGUAAAUUAUCCUUACACAAGUAUGUCAUAUUUCAUUCGACCUGUUUCACAAGCGGAUAUUGUGAAUUUGGAAAGGCGGCUAAUGCUUAAUAUGGAUAUGAUAAUUGUUAAAAAGAAACGAAUCGCCAUAGAAAUGAAAAAGUCAAAGCCAAGUACGUCGAAAGCAGGGUUAUGGGCCAUAUUAAAUUCAGUGACUCAGAGAACAAUUGGAACAGAAAACAUUGGACAACUAAGGCUUGAAAUGGCCCCUCUUGAGGAAUUGUCACGGCAAAUAUUCCUGGAAAUCCAUUAUUUGCGAAACAUGCAAGAAAGACAGAAAUGGGCAAAGACAUUGCAAGGCAAAUAUUUCAAUGUCCUGGGACAUUUUUUCAGUUUGUAUUGUCUGUGGAAAAUUCUCAUUUGUACAAUAAACAUAAUCUUCGAUCGGGUUGGCCGGAAGGACCCCGUUACUCGUGGGUUGGAAAUAGCUGUUCACUGGUGCGGCUUCGACAUAGAUUUAGCAUUCUGGAAUCAGCAUAUUUCAUUUUUUCUAGUAGGAUGUAUCGUAGUCACGUCAAUCCGUGGUUUGCUGCUGACUUUAACGAAGUUUUUCUAUAGAAUUUCAUCGAGCAAAUCAUCGAAUUUAAUUGUUCUGUUAUUGGCACAAAUAAUGGGAAUGUAUUUUUGUUCGUCAGUGCUUUUGAUGAGAAUGAAUAUGCCAGCUGAAUAUCGUGAUAUCAUAACCGAAGUGUUGGGAAAUUUACAUUUUAAUUUUUAUCAUAGAUGGUUUGAUGUAAUAUUUUUAGUGAGUGCAUUGACAACGAUUGUUGUAUUAUAUUUAUUACAAAAGCCCAUACAAACAGAGAAUAAUCUCCAGCAAAGUUAACACAAAAACAUUGUGCGUAUAUAAGAUUAUUAAAUUAUAUAAUUUUAUUAAAUA